AUUUAAAUUAUUUUUUAGACAAUGGUAACAAUAACAAUUAAAUUAAGGCUGAUAAAUAAGAAUAACCUGUUCAAUAAUAAAAAGGAAAGAAGGGAAAGAAAACUGGAGAGGAAACAACAUAAUAAGUAGUAGCUACUUUAGGACCAAAUGUAGCAGGAAAUGAAUUAGUAUUUGGAGUAGCUCAUAUCUUGUCUACAUGGAAUGACACAUUCAUUCAUAUAACUGAUUUAACAGGUAGAGAAACAUUGGCAAGAGUUACAGGUGGAAUGAAAGUGAAAUCAGAUAGAGAAGAAUCAUCACCAUAUGCAGCUAUGCAAGCAGCUAAAGAUGUUUAUGAGAAAUUGAAAACACUUAAAAUUAAUGCUUUGCAUAUUAAAUUAAGAGCUAGAGGAGGUAUAAAUUAUUUAUCUCAUAUUCUAAGGUGUUGAUACUAGAUAACCAGGACCUGGUGCUUAAGCUGCAUUAAGAGCUUUGGCUCGUUUGGGACUUAAAAUUGGAAGAAUUGAAGAUGUUACUCCAAUCCCAACAGAUUCUACAAGAAGACCUGGAGGUAGAAGAGGAAGAAGGUUAUGAAAAGUCUAAACACACAUACAUUAUAUUAUACAUGUAC